AUGGCAGUACGCAAACCAUUAACACGUUUCACUACUCCCUUAGGCUCAGGUGCAGGUGUACCUAAAGACAAAAGACCACCUAAAGUCCAUGACUCGGCUUCGCGAUUAUUGAAGCCAUUUCAAGUGCCAUUCAAGACGCGACUGGAGACCGUGUCUGGUCUAGUAUCGCGUCGGCCUGUACGCUCAUCAAGGAAAUUCACCAACUAUGCUGUUGAUGACUUUGAAAAUGCUACUGCAAACGAUGAGUUUGUUAAUGAGAGCGGUGAAGUUGUCAAAUGCAAGAAAUUUGGCGCGUUACUUCCACGAUCGAUCAAUAGUGAUGAUAGACGCGAUAUUAUUGAUACAAAGAUUAAACGGUCUUUCACAGUUCCUUUUAGCAAAGAUAACGCUAAAAAGGAAGAAAUGAUACGCGGCCCUCCACCUCCAUUGGGUACGAAAGUGCGGCCAAUCAUUCCGCCUCGUGCGCUUCAUGAUCCUAUGAGUGAAUUUGCCAUUGUAUUGUAUGACCCAACGGUUGAUGUGAUACCUAAAACACCCGAAGAGGAAAAGAAGAUAGAGGAAGUUGAUCUGUCAGACACGUCAAUGAAUCUGGAUACCGAUGAACGACCAGCAAAAAGAAGGAAGACGCAUAGGUCUUUGGCGGAGAUUUUGGGUAUUGUGACUAACCCCGAAGCAAAAUUAGCCCAGUAUCCCGAUGUCCCUGUAGUUAUUGAUCCAAAAUUGGCCAAAAUUUUACGUCCACAUCAAAUUGCUGGAGUCAAGUUCCUUUAUCGUUGUACUGCUGGGUUAAUGGAUCCCAAAGCUAAAGGAUGUAUCAUGGCUGAUGAGAUGGGGUUGGGUAAAACAUUGCAAUGUCUUACUUUGAUGUGGACAUUACUUAGACAAUCACCAAGAGGUAAGAGAACUAUUGAAAAAUGUAUUAUUGUUUGUCCAUCGUCAUUGGUGCGUAAUUGGGCUAAUGAGAUUGUUAAAUGGUUAGGUGAAGGUGUAUUGACACCAUUGGCAAUUGAUGGAAAAAGUACAAAGUCAAACGAUUUGGGUGCGGCGUUGCAACAAUGGUCAACUGCACAGGGUAGAAAUAUCGUGCGUCCUGUUUUAAUCAUAUCAUAUGAAACUUUGAGAAGAAAUGUUGAUAAAUUAGCCGGCACUGAAGUUGGGUUAAUGUUGGCUGAUGAAGGACAUCGAUUGAAAAAUGGUGAAUCGUUAACAUUUACUGCGUUGAAUUCAUUAAGAUGUGAUCGAAGAGUGAUUUUAUCUGGUACACCAAUUCAGAAUGAUUUGUCAGAAUAUUUCUCAUUGUUAAACUUUGCCAAUCCUGGUUAUCUUGGUACAAGAAAUGAUUUUAGAAAGAAUUUCGAAAAUGCAAUUUUACGUGGUAGAGAUGCUGAUGCAACUGAUAAAGAACGUGAAAAAGGAGAUGCAAAAUUGCUUGAAUUAUCACAAUUGGUGUCAAAGUUUAUCAUUAGACGUACUAAUGAUAUCUUGUCUAAAUAUCUUCCAGUCAAGUACGAGUAUGUCUUGUUCACUGGGUUGUCACCAAUGCAAAAAAGUUUGUAUAAUCAUUUCAUCACGUCACCCGAGAUUAAGAAGUUGUUGAAGGGAAUUGGGUCACAACCAUUGAAAGCCAUUGGUAUGUUGAAGAAGCUUUGUAAUCAUCCUGAUUUGUUGGACUUACCUGACGAUUUGGAAGGGUGUGAAAAUUUGAUACCGGAAGACUAUGAAUCUUCCAUAACUGCCACUGGACGUAAAAGAGAAGUACAGACUUGGUUCAGUGGUAAAUUCCUAAUCUUAGAACGAUUUUUGCACAAGAUACAUCGCGAGACUGAUGACAAGAUUGUUUUGAUCUCAAACUACACCCAAACACUCGAUUUGAUUGAGAAGAUGUGCCGUAACAAGAAAUAUGGUUCUUUGAGAUUAGAUGGUACAAUGAAUAUCAACAAGAGACAAAAAUUGGUUGACAGAUUCAACGACCCCAAUGGGUCAGAAUUCAUCUUUUUAUUAUCAUCAAAAGCAGGUGGAUGUGGUAUCAAUUUAAUCGGUGCUAAUCGAUUAAUUCUCAUUGAUCCGGAUUGGAAUCCAGCCCUGGAUCAACAAGCAUUAGCGAGGGUUUGGCGAGAUGGUCAAAAGAAGGAUUGUUUUAUUUAUCGAUUUAUUUCAACUGGGACAAUUGAGGAGAAGAUUUUCCAACGACAAUCAAUGAAGAUGUCAUUGAGUAGUUGUGUUGUUGAUGAGAAAGAAGAUGUUGAGAGAUUAUUCAGUGCUGAUAAUUUGAAACAAUUAUUCAUGUAUCAGCCAAAUACUGAAUGUGAUACUCAUGAUACAUAUAAUUGUAAGCGAUGCAAUAAGGAAAAGGGACAAUUUAUUAAAGCACCAGCAAUGUUGUAUGGUGAUGCUACUACCUGGAAUCAUUUGAAUCAUAGAAAGUUGGCUAACAAUGAGGAUAUCUUGGUUGCUAAUGAAGCACAAUUUAAUGAUGUUUCGUUUGCAUUACAGUACAUAUCGCAUGUAUAA